UGUUUUGUUUUGUUGUUGAGAUGAGACACAAGCGCGCCUUCGCCCCUUGUGCUCACUCUCAUCUAGCACUAAUCAAAGCCUGACCAGGGAGUCAGUUGAUAAGAGCAUCUAUCUACAUUUCUCUUUCGAAAGCUCGCUCGGGCCUACCGAUCUCACAGCAGUGUAGACCAACCUCUGUGAUAGAGCGGUGACAGCAGUGUAACCUCUGUGGUAGACUACAAAGUCUACGAGCUACAGCAGCACCGCCACCUCCGCUGCUGCAGGACGCCACAUUUUGUGACACCGUACAUACAUAAUGUAUUUGAGUAUGCUGUUUGCUUGUACAAACACCGAUAUUUGCGUGGUGUUCCGGGAGGUCGGGCUGACGGUGUCGGAGAGGAAGACGGAGACAUUGGUGAUGCGGGUGAAGGAGAAACAGCGACCGCCGCCGACGCCACCGCUGCCGCUGACCAUCAAAGCAGCGGGGCAAAGGUACGCACAGACGACCGAGUUCCGAUACCUGGGCGGCCUCAUCAACGAGCAGGGCGACCUCACCCGAGAGAUCAACCACAGGAGCAAAGCAGCAUGGGCGUGCAUUAGGCGAUACGCCACGGAGCUCUUCGACCGACCGGGAGCACCGUUUCGCCUAAAGGCCCGCCUACUCCAGGCAGAGGCAGUGGCGGCACUGCUAUACGGCUGCAUGACAUGGUCCCCACGCCGCAACCACUACCGGCUGCUGCAGACGACACACCACCGUCUGCUUCUGCGAGUUAUCGGCUACCGGCGCAAACGAGGCACCUACCGGCAGCUGUCAUACGCCCAGGCGCUGAAGAGGGUCGGCUGCCAGAGCGUGGAGGCCACUGUCCGUCAACGGCGCCUGCUCUUUGCGGGGGCCGUGGCAAGACAGCCGGACGGGCGGCUUCCGAAACGGCUGAUGUUCGGCGAGUUGGUGGGAGGGGAGAACCCGGGCCGGGGAAGCCCGGAGCAGAACUGGCUGAUAUGCCUGAAGGACGACCUGAAGAUGUUCGAAGCCAGACACGGCUCCACGCCCGACAAGCGGAGCUUCUUCGGAAUCCCGAAGCCAGACUGGGACGAGGCGGCGAAGGUGGAGGGGGGGGUACCGUGGCACGCGGGGGUGCUACAGGGAGCUGAGAGGUUUAUGGCCUCUUGGCACAAGGGCAAGGAGAAGGCCAGCCGACAACGAGCCAUCAAACGAGGAGACAGCGGGCCCAAAAAUAGUCUAGAUACGGCACCAAUCAACGGGGCGGGAGGGGGGCGGGAAGAAACCGCGCGGGAAGA